AUGUCUUCACCAAAGAAGGCUGCCCAGCGCUACCCUGCCACGCUUUCGGCACCUGGGAUAGACGCCCACAGCCCCUUUCAGAACGCCCCGUCGCUGCAGGCCCCGCCCGAGGAUCGGCCGAUACCCAGCCACACCAAUCUCGAGGUGCAGCCCCACGUCAACGGUCCCCCACCGUGGCCAGUCAUCACCUACAAGCACCUCCUCUCUGCCGGCACGCUCAACCCGACCAACCCGCUGCGCGUCGUGGCCCACUGCGACGUCGAUGCCGCCUAUGCCCAGUUCGAAGCGUCGCGUCUCGGCCUCGACGCCACCAAGGUGCCAAUAGCGGUGCAGCAGUGGCAAGGUCUCAUCGCCGUCAACUACCCCGCCCGCGACAUGGGCAUCUCGCGGUUCGAGUCGAUCCCCGAGGCGCUCAAGAAGUGCCCCGAUCUCCGCCUCGUCCACGUCGCCACCUACGCCCACGGAAGCAACCAGGCCGACUACCACGAGAAUCCGCAGCCCGAGACGCACAAGGUCAGCCUCGACCCGUAUCGCAAGGAAUCGAACAAGAUCCUCAGCAUCUUCAAGAAGACGUGUCCGUCGGGCGCGGUGGAGAAGGCGUCAAUCGACGAGUCCUACUUUGACCUCACCAUCGAGGUGCGCAAGCUGAUGGUCGAACGCUUCCCGCAGCUCAAGAACGUGCCCAAGGACGACCCUGCCAAGGGCAUCAAGGGCAUGGACUGCCCGCUACCGCCGGCGCCGAGGAUCGGGCUCAAGCAGUGGCAGAAGCUGGGCCACGUCAUCCCAAAGACGGGCGAAGUGGGCAAGUCGACGGGCAUUGGGAGGCCAGAGAAGCAGGUGGCCAAGGCGGCGCUGCUGGUCGAUGCUCCCGUGGGCGCGGGACACGUGGGUCUCGAGGGCGAAGUCAACGGCGAGGCCAAGCCGGCUCCCUGCUCGUGGGGCUCGCACUCCGAGGGCCUCACCGAUCCGAUCUCGUCGCAGCCCGAAGAGCUCGACGAGGAAGAGGCGCUCUGGGACGCCAUCGAGUACGGCGAGACGACGUGGACCGACGUGGCCCUCGCCCUCGGCGCCGAGCUGAUGAACAAGGUGCGGCAGAAUGUCAUCGACGAGCUCGGAUACACGACGUCGGCGGGCAUCGCGUCCAACAAGACACUGUCGAAGCUGUGCUCGUCAUGGCGCAAGCCCAACGGCCAGACGAUCAUGCGGCCGUGCUCGGUGCCCAACUUCUUCUCGAGCCUGCCCUACAUGAAGAUCCGCUUCCUUGGCGGCAAGCUGGGCACGGCCAUCGGGCAGGAGUGGGCGUCGUCGACGGUGGCCGACCUGUGGAGCGUGACGCUCGACGAGAUGCAGGCCAAGUUUGGCGAAGAGGCGCGGUGGGUGUACAAUGUGCUGCGCGGCAUCGACCACUCGGAGGUGCGCGAGCGCGUAAACAACCAGACGAUGCUGGCGAGCAAGUCGGUGCGCCCGCCCAUCCAGCGUGCCGACGAGGCGCUCCACUGGCUCCAGAUCCUCGCCACUGAGCUGUCGAUCCGCCUCAACGAAGCCAGGUCGGAACGCCUCAGCCUGUGGCCAAAGACGCUCGUGCUGCGCUACAUCCGCGCCGGCUCGGUGCCCCGCUCGAGGCAGGUCGCCUUCCCCUUUGUCAACUCGCGCAGCAACGAGGAGCUGGCCGCCGUCAUCCUCAAAAAGGGCGAGAAGCUGUGGCGCGACAGCGUAGGCGAUGCCCUCGAGCCCAGCGGCGGCGGCUCCGUCGAGGGCGGAAAGGUGCUCACGAUCGCGCUGGGUUUCAGCGGCCUCGAGGAGGGCGAGGCCGGACAGAGGGGCAUCGCUGGCUUCUUGGGCGCUGUCGACCGCUCCGCCGCUUCGACGACAACAGCAGCGUCGUCGUCGUCGUCGUCAUCGUCGACGACGCCUAGGCCAGACGCGUCGGCGUCGUCGAGCUCGGCCGCGACGACACCGACCAAGAAGCGCAAACGGCUGAGGCUCGACGACAUGUUUGAACGCGGGCGGGCCGACGAGAAGCAGAGGAUGGUCGACCUCCCUCCGCCCGGCGUGACGUUGAACGGAGAGGCCAGCACCUCCGACGCCGCCACGCCAAAGGCAGCAUCAUCGCCGCUAGAAGCGCCAGCCACUUUCGACCGCCAAUCAUCGACAAAUGAAGAACUAGGUGCUCCGAUCACCCCCAUGCGAGGCUCGACAAGCCCAGACCCUCGAACGGCAGCGGCAGCGGCAGGCCAAGAAACGGGAGCGCCACCGUCAGAUGGGGCGGAGCAACCGACGUGGCAGUGUCCCGAGUGCUCGGCGCUCCUCCACCCGCCCGUCGAUGCGCCGGCGUUUGAAAGGCCCUACCUCCUCGAACGGCUCAAAGAGGAACACCAGGACUGGCACUUUGCCGUCACCCUCUCCCAGGCCCCCGCGCCUCCCACCGCCUCGCAACCGCCGGCAAGGACGAAGCCCGCCAAGCCGAAACGCCCAAAGGGCCUGGAAAAGUUUUUUGGCAAGAGGAACGCGUAG